AUGCCCAGUCCAUUGAUCGUUGAGUGUUAUAGAGAAGCCAAGCGGAUCGGCGAUCACAAGAAGAACAGUGUGGCGAUCCAGCGAGACAUUUGUCUCUUCACCAACACUGUCAAAGCAACUAGUUUUGGAGAGCUGAGCCUUCUGUCCGUUCCCAAGAACGUGGCCGAUCCAUACAUUGAGCCGAUCUCUUGGGGCAGUUUAACUCCCUUCAUCAAGAAUGGGCAUAAUCCAAAGUAUAAGGCCGGAGACAACCUCUCCGCUGCAGCAGCUACGCGCAUCAUUGGCGGAAUGGGUGGUCACUGGACCUGCUGCACACCUCUCGAAGCGGGAGAAUUUGUAGAAUGGGCGUGUACUGCUACAAUGCUGGUCAACGAUCUCGCUGACCCCAGCAAACGGCACGACCGCUUCAAGUUGCGUGCCAAUACUCAGUGUGUCAGGCUAGUCCUGAACAAGGACUCUGGACAGGUCGAAGCAGCCGAACUUGAGGACCUUCUUGGCGCCUAG